AUGGAAGAACCCAAGAAGGUCACAAAGUCUAGGCGCCGUCCUAUGCUAGUAUGUGUGAACUGCCGAAAACGGAAGUCUAAAUGUGACCGCCAGUUACCAUGCAGUAAGUGUAUACAACACGGUGACACAGAUACAUGUACAUACUUGAAUGAUGUUCCCAUAGGCAAGAAGAAUAAUGUUCCUAAUACUCAAGUGACUCCUAACAGUUCAAGUCCCAGUAUCGUGAUUAAUUUACAUCAGAAUGGCAAUGACUAUAAAACAAAAAAUUUGAAUGGUCAGGAUAACACCCUUCUGAAAGAAAUAAAUAAUAAUAUAUGGGGUAGAAAUAGCCCCAUAUUUCCAGACAGUUCAGAUCAUUCACCUCCAACACAAGUUUUUGGGGAUGGCCCUAAUUUAAAACCCAAAGUAAUUGGCCAUUGCAGAUACUCUGGCGAAAAUCAAUAUAUUAAUAUGGUACCCAAGGGUUAUUUAAUCGAAGUAAAAAGAUCAUCCGUAACUCGUUAUGCAAUGUGGACAAGCACAUCGGUAGAGUACAGAGAUCCUUACUUAAGUUGCAUGCUAAUGUUCAAAAAAGGUGCUGUUAAAGCCACUACUGAACAAAUGAAGAAAAAGAUGAAAUUUAAGAAUUUACCUAAUUCAUUCGCCCUAUUCACAGCAUUUGACAAUGCUGAUGAUGGUAAAGAUAAGCCUAACUUGAACCAUGCGAAAAUAUUUAAUAAGUUUGCUGAAUAUAGGCAGCAAAAAUCAAUUGGAGAUCUGUCUGAGGAUCAUAUUCUGGAUACAAAGGAUUUACCUCGUAGACAAGCUGUUGAAAACUGCGUACUUAUGUUUGCAAAAUUCCAUCUUUGCCCAUUAUUACCGUUAUUUAAUCUUCCUCAUUUGAUGGAAGAGGUAAAGAUAUUUUAUGACAAUGUUGAAAAAACAGGUAAAGUAUCAACAAAAAAUGGCGACAAUUGGAUAUACUGUAUUAUUUUGCUUCUAACCAAAAUUUGUAAGUUAGCCAUAUGUAUGUCUAACAUACCAGGUGAUGAUGUUAGCCCUAUCGCUCAAUUGGAUACCACCAGAUUUAUUCCUCUGGUACAUAAAUAUAUUAUGAAUCAUAAUUUAUUUCGCAAAUGCACAUUACACCAGUUGCAAGUCUUACUUUUGUUAAGAUUUUAUAAUUGGUGUGCACCAGAAGAUGGCGAUGGACAACAAGGACAACAGAAUAGUAUUCUAAUGGGCAUGAUCAUUUCCAGUGCAAAAGAACUCGGUAUAGGAUGGGAUCUAUUUACCCCCGGAUUUCCUGUUGGCAUCGAUAUAUCAGAUGGUUCUAGACCUUCUGCACAACAUAUGAAUGCUGAGGAGUAUACUACAUUAUAUCAAAAAAUAUGGUGUUAUAUUUUAUUUUGGGAUAGAAAAAUGCUAUUGGUAAAUGGUCAAAACUGCAUAAUACAAAGAAGUAGAGAUACUGAUUAUUCACUACUCGAGGCAACUUUUAGUAAGGAAGAUGGUAGUGAGUUUUUUCGAUACUUUAUUCAUCUAGAUUCGCUACUUCUGGAAAUUAAUGACCUCAUAUCUUCAAAUCCCACUAAAGUAAAUAUAACAGCUCUUAAUAACUGUAUGACAUCUCUUGAAGAGGAAUUUCGCAAUAUCCAUACAAUCGUUAAUUCAAGAGAAAUACUGCAAAGCAAUGAUGAUCCAAGAUUUUUUGAAGUUAGUUGGAAUAUCAAGAUAGCCCGUGCUUGUAUUUUGCAUGCUGAGGUGGUAUCAUAUGAAAAGGAAUGUGAUUUUGUAAGAUGCCAUUAUGCAAUUCAAAAAUUGUGGGAAAUUGUCCUAUCGAUGUGUUCCGACUGUAUGGAAUACUGGAGCCAGAGAUCAGAAGCAUUCCUUGGUAGUUUGAAUAACUUUUAUACCAAUCGUAUUGUCGAGAUUGCUGCUGACAGGCUCGUACAUUUUGUGAAGGCAAUCAUUUUGCGGCUCCAUAGAUUUCAUAAUGUAAAGGCUGAAGAUAAGCAGAUACUAGUUCAGUUCAUGCAUAAGUUCUGUUCCUUAUAUUUUACAAACUUUGGUAGGGAAUAUUUCAGAUGUUUCAAAAGUUUGUUCAAUUUGAAGAUGGAUUAUAGAGUUCUUUCAUAUUCAAGUGUAAAAGACCCAUGGACUGUCAUGCUGACAUUCAUUUUACAUGAAAUGUCCUACGGUGAACAGCCGGAAGGUAAGUUAUCAUUAAGAGACAGACUACCAUUGAUUGCCAAAUUACAUGAUAAGUUAAGCUAUAUGCCCAGCUCUUUUAAAAACCAUGACCUUAUCUUAGAUGCUUGGCAGACGUCUAUUUAUCCAAUUUGCCGGUAUGAUGAGCACUUCCAACUUAACCUAUACAUUAGUGAAAUUAAAAAGCUAGACGAACAUUACAAAAUAGAUAAGGAUAAAAAUUUAUUUGAGUCGUUCUACAACAACGAAGUAAAACUAUUUGGUGAGGAAUUUGGAACUCAAGAAAGCUGUAAUUCUGCUUUUCAAAAAGAUUCAUCUGAACCUCCUCAAGAAACUAUUACACUAGAUGAAUGGGGUACCCUUUCGGGACCUUAUGAAGGUAAUGAUAUAUUGUUGGCAUCAGAAACUGAUUCAAAGGCGUUAAGAUAUAAUGAUCAGCUAAUCCAAGAAAUAUUCAAUCCAAAAGACUUUCUUCCAUUCCUAUGA